AUGGAAGUAAAUAAACGAAGAACGCCCGUAGUAAAGAGGCUUAGAAAGAGAAAAUCGAAUGUACAUUACGAAGACAGGGAAUCGAGUUAUGAAAGAACACCCGUGAAAGUGACGAAAACAAAUACCAAACUGCCUAUUUAUAAACAAAUUAAAGUCGCAGAAUGUAAAGAAAAGUUGAAAGAUCCCUACGCACUUGAUGUAUUCGACGAAAAACCUAAAAAACAUCCCAAACAGUCGGCCUACUAUGAUAGAAGUAUGCACGAAGAAUUAGCAAGAAUAGAAAAAAGGGAGAAGAAACCGAAGAAAAAGAAAGUGCCAGUGAAAGGAUACCACAAUACAGUAAAUACAAUCGUUAAAGAAGUUAUGGAAAGAGUGAAGAAUAAUCAAAAUCCAAAUUUAAAUCAUAACAAAGGAAAAUCUAGCAGGCUACUGGAUAAGGAGUUAAAUGUGAGCAAUCGAUCGGAGCCGAGGAGAAGCGAAAAGAACGAAAAGAAAGGAUAUGAUGCUAUAGUAAAUUCAACAAUCAAAGACAUAAUGGAGAAGGUGAAGAAUCGUAAAUCAAAUUCAAUGAAUCAUUCAAUCGAUAAACAAAAUGAUAGUGUUAUGUUUGAAGAACUCAAAUCUAGUGGGCGUCAUGAUAAUAGCGAUGACAAUUCGGAUUCUGGCGAAGAAUUUAAGGGAUUUGUAACGAUUGAUUCAUUCGGAUUAAAUACAUUGGACACUUCUUAUCAAUCCGAUGAUGAUUUUCUCGGCUUUGAUAAUCACAAUUUCAGUCUUCCUAAAGCAAUAAGUACACCAAGGAAUAUACUGGAUAAUGUUUGUGUAACAAACCGAAGAAUGGAAAACGUUUUAUACGAUGCCAAUAACACUAUCGAGUUGGAGUUUUUAGAUAAAUCUCAUUGUACCCUUAAUACUACUCAAUACACCGAUGAUACAUGUGAAUCUGAUAGUGAUGAUUACGAUGAUGAUCCUCAUUUCGGAUUUAAGGAAAUCUCUGCAGACACACCGGAAAAAAACAAAAGAAAGAGGACAAUAUUUGAUGAAUUGCCAUGUCGAUUUGGAGGAAAUUUCACACGAAAUCCCCAUUGGCUGAGAAUAAAAUCAAACGGAUUACCUGCAGUAGAUCAAGAUAUGAUUAUUGAUGAAGAAUUCGUGAAAAAAAUCGAAGUAGCCUUUACGAACAAUUCGAAACGACCUGAACAAAUACCCGAGAAACAUCUCGUACAAACUACAAUGAACGAUUUUUUGGAAAACAAAGAGAAUUAUUUAUUAGAUUCAUCGAAAGCAUCGAAACAAUUGAGUUUGUUUGAUUGUGAUGAUUUUGAUUUAACCAAAUACCCUAAAAUACAUCACAAGAGAAAUGUUUUAAAGGAACAUCCUCAAGUUUGUUCCACGCCGAAGGAGAAUCUUCGAUCGAGAGUAAUUCCAUCACCUCAUGUAUCCUUUAUAUCUUCGAGUAAUGAAGAUGAAAAUAAUGUAAAUGUGGAGUUAGAGGAAGAUUUGCAUUUGUUCGAAGAAGUCGAUGCCGAAAAGAAGACAGAUUUCUCUAUUAAAAUUCCAAUCAUGACUUAUGCGAAGAAGUCGAAGAAAAAGCGGGCCUUGGAAGAGGAGGAAAGUCCGGAAAAACCGGAGAGUCCGAUUAAGAAGAAAAAGAAAAAUGCCAUGACGAAAGCCGAGGAAGCCGCAUUCGAGAAGUGGGCUGAGGAAACAAAUGCCGCAUUUUCAGAAGUUGAUAAACACGAAUUGACCAUUUUAUAA